AUGGAUCCCUCCAAGGUCGACAUCCCUCCGCUCAAGGAUCUGACGAUCGACAACAUCACCGAAAACGUCAUCGCGAUCAACUCGAACAACCCGGACCCGCGAUUCAAGUAUAUUCUCGAGAGAUUAGUCGUGCAUCUGCAUGACUUUGCGCGGGAGACGAGGCUGUCCACGCAGGAAUGGAUGGCGGGCAUCCAGUUCCUGACCAAGACCGGACAGAUCUGUACGGAUGUGCGGCAGGAAUUCAUCCUCCUCAGCGAUAUCCUCGGCCUGUCCCUCCUCGUCGACAGCAUCGACCACCCCAAACCGCCCAACUCGACCGAAGGCACGGUCCUGGGCCCCUUCCACACGCACGAGGCCGAAGUCCUCUCGCACGGCGACCUGAUGUCGCACGACGAGAACGGCGACCCCCUGCUCGUUCUGUGCACCGUCAGGGACGUGCAGGGCCGGCCGAUCGAGGGCGUCAAGAUCGACAUCUGGGAGACCGACUCGUCGGGCAAGUACGACGUGCAGCAUCCGGACCGCGACGGGCCCGACGGCCGGUGUAUUCUCAAGUCGGACGCCGAGGGCGUCUUCUGGUUCAAGGCCAUUGUGCCCGUGCCGUAUCCGAUUCCGCACGACGGGCCGGUCGGGCAGCUGCUCAAGAAGCUGGGCCGCCACCCGAUGAGGCCGAGCCAUAUGCAUUUCAUGUUUGAGAAGGAGGGGUUCGACCAUUUGAUUACGGCUCUGUAUUUGAAAAACGAUCCCUACGAGACCAGCGACGCCGUCUUCGGCGUGAAGAACAGCCUCAUUGUCGAACUGUCCAAGGUGUCGGCUGACCAGGCCGCCAAGUAUGGCGUCAAAGAGGGCAGCGCUCUCAUGACGUACGAUUUCGUGUUGGUGACAGAGCAGGGGAGCGCGGAUCUGAGGGCCCAGAACUCGCGGAAGGCGCUGGAGAAGCUGGGCAGAAGGGUCAAGAUCGUGAAGGGCCUGCCUGUGCCGGAUGUGGAUUGA